CCUCGGCCUGCGCCGAAGGCACCGGAGGGAAGGAACUUCGACCGCAGCUCUACAUGGUGCAUUAGCGCUAGUUAGCGGCCAGCUAGCUGUUUUUUUUUCUCCCUGUGUUGUUCUCACCACAUUCUGUGUGUGUGUGUGGGGGGUUUCAUAUGCAGAGAGAUGUGGUUUAUUUAUUUGCUCAGCUGGCUGUCGUUAGUCAUCCAGAUAUCCUUCGUCACUCUGGCGAUAGCUGCUGGCCUGUACUACUUGGCAGAGCUAAUAGAAGAAUACACAGUAGCCACCAGUCGAAUAAUAAAGUACAUGAUAAUGUUCUCGACAGGUGUGCUGGCGAGCCUCUACCUGUUUGAAGGCUUCCCAAUGCUGAUGGUUGGACUCGGCCUCUUCACCAACCUGGUGUACUUUGGCCUCCUGCAGACGUUCCCUUACAUACUACUGAGCUCCCCCAACUUCAUCCUCUCCUGUGUGUUGGUGGUGGUGAACCAUUAUUUGGCCUUCCAGUACUUUGCACAAGAGUAUUAUCCAUUCUCAGAGGUGCUGGCCUACUUCACCAUCUGCUUGUGGGUGAUCCCCUUCGGCUUCUUUGUGUCACUGUCGGCGGGGGAAAAUGUGCUUCCGUCCACCAUGCAACCAGGAGAUGACGUGGUGUCCAAUUACUUCACCAAGGGGAAGAGGGGGAAGAGGUCCGGGAUCCUCCUCAUCUUCUCUUUCCUCAAGGAGGCAGUGGUGCCCAGCCGACAGAAAAUGUACUGAGGAGCUCAAACUCGGGGGGUGGGGGGGUUUGGGGUGGGUCAGAGGUCGCGCGAGUGAGUGAGGUGGAGAUCAAGGGGGAAGCAGGACGCACUUUGGACAUUUGUUUCCGGAUGGGACUCACAACAAAACAGUGGCCAAUGCGGAAGAAGAUCAGAUGAAGAGGACCAACGGACAGACGAGAGCUUUUUUUUUUUCUCCACCGGACGUUUUUCUGUCUCUGUCUUUAAAGCGUUCACGUGAUCUUUGAGAAGCCUCUUUGCAAGGCUUCCCUAACGUCUUGUUGGACUCCAUCAUUUUUUAUUUUUUUUUAAGCUUUGGUAUUUAAAUGCGUAUG